AUGGAGUCGACGCAGACCCAGAAGUCGUCAUCGAGCCUAUUCCAAGUCUUUCUGAGACUGCGGCCGCCGCACAAUGGCAGCGGAGCCUCGAGUUCCGAGCGAUUCCUCGCAGUUGAGCCCUCCGAGUCGGACACUCCGCCGACGCACAUCACACUCAAUCCUCCCAAUGAUAGGCGCAGGGCCAUCGAGAGGUUUGCUUUCACUCAGGUCUUCGAGGAAGAUGCCAGUCAGCUGGAUAUCUUCCAGUGUACACGCGUGGCGCCGCUGAUUGAGGGUGUUGUGGCACCUCAUGGCGGGUAUGGGACCGACGCUCUGGUUGCCACGCUUGGUGUCACCGGCUCGGGAAAGUCUCAUACCAUUCUUGGGUCUCGGACACAGCGAGGCUUGACGCAGCUCUCCCUCGAUGUAAUCUUCCGCUCUCUUGGAAACAACCUCAUUGACCGUAACACGUCAACAUCCCUCGAAUCCACGCUGCAGGCCUCCGACGCCUCAGAGGCAUCAAUCAUGUGUGCUUCUUCUUAUCUGGAGACCGUGUACUCCGAUCCCCUCACCCAAUCCAGGUGUGGCGGAGGAUCCCGAGCAGCAACUCCCAUGAUUGUAGGAACCCCACCCGCUCUCAAUAACCGCCGCUUCGAUCCGGAAGGAAACACAGUCCCCGACAGUCCGAAAAGUGUUCGGAUGGUGGAGCGGACUCCGCUUCGGUCGUUCCGCUAUCGCCCAAGGAGCCCUAGUUGGGGCCCCUACAACCGCUUAGAACCCGAGACACCCAAGCGGGUGACUGACAAUAGGCAUUACAUGACCCUCACGGCAUCAACCCGCGUGAAGAAGGUUGUGAAAGUUACUAAGACUGAAGAAAAGGGCGAAUACGCGGCUCCUCCUAUGACCCCCCGCCGACUUAUCCACGCGCCCUCGACGCUCCCGCAGAUCCCCGACGUUAGCGGUGUCAACGUUUCCUCCGAUCCCUCGGCCGAAUACGCCGUCGUCAUGUCCAUGUACGAGGUUUACAAUGACCGCAUCUUCGAUUUGCUUACGCCGCCGACGAAGUCGAACGCGACGAAGGAGUAUCGUCGACGACCUCUCAUGUUCAAGUCGACCGAAGCAUCGCCUGAUCGAAAAGUUGUAGCGGGUCUCAGAAAGGUUGUGUGUAGUUCGCUUCACGAAGCCCUCAUGGUUCUGGAGGCUGGUUUGCAUGAGAGGCGAGUGGCCGGCACCGGAAGCAAUAGUGUCUCCUCUCGCAGUCACGGCUUCAUCUGCAUUGAGGUGAAGAAGAGGCAGCGCAGCACUAGGCGGCAGCAUCCCUGGGGUGGAAACACACUGACGGUCGUCGAUUUGGCCGGUAGCGAAAGGGCCAGGGACGCGAAGACCCAGGGCACUACACUGGCCGAAGCGGGUAAGAUUAAUGAGAGUCUAAUGUAUUUGGGUCAGUGUCUGCAGAUGCAAAGUGACAGUGGCCACUCCCACAAGCCCAACAUCGUUCCCUUCCGGCAGUGCAAGUUGACAGAGUUACUCUUCUCAAACUCUUUUCCCUCCGCCUCUUCUCAGGCGCAAGGUCACCGCCGCAACCCUCAAAAGGCCGUAAUGAUCGUCACAGCCGACCCCCUCGGCGACUUCAACGCCACAUCCCAGAUCCUACGCUACAGCGCCCUCGCCCGCGAAGUCACUGUACCCCGCAUCCCGAGCAUCUUCUCGAACCCACCUCCCUCCGUGCCCGACUCCCGGCGACCACUGUCCCCCACUCUCGUAACGCACCAACCACCAUCCCACCACCGGCCGCCGUUCUUCGGAGGGCCCGGCGCGGGAUCCGGAUCGCAUAGGAACAUCUCCCCCGCGAGCUCGCAUACCGACGGCGAUAGGGCGACGAUGGAACUCGCGGCGCUGGAAAUUGCCAGACUUACGGAGGAGAUUGACAUUUUGCGCGGCGAGGUGGCGCGCGAGAGCGAGGGUCGUGUGACGGCCGAGGCGCACUUACUCAGCAUGGAGGACCGCAUGCUUGAGCUCGAGCAGGUGAUUCGUGAGGAUUGCGUUGCUGAGUUCGAGAAGAGGCUUGCGCUUGAGAUGGCGCGGUGGAAGGCGAGUCUCCAGCUUGAACAUGAGCGCGGGGAAGAGCACUGGGAUCGCAAGGUUGAGCUCCUCGAGAGGGGACUCGUCGGCACGGAAGCUGAUGAGGAGGAUAAAGAGAACGUGCUCGUUGAGGAUCUGGAGCAGGAGAAUGAGCGCCUCAGGAGGGAGGUUGCCGUGCUUAAGAGGGAGCUUAACGGUCGGAGCCCAAGCAAGCGCGUGCCGUUGCAGGAGAGGGAUGAUGUCCCCCAGAUGAGCGAGGGACAUGAGGGUGGUGUUGAGAGGCUCGGUGCGAGGAUGGAGAGGCUUCGCGUGAGUAAUGAGAGCACCCGUAGUUCGAGGAGUGUGAGCCCUACGAAGAAGGUGAGGAGGCUGAUAGCAAAGAAGUGGGAGGAUGCUACGGAGGAGUUCUAG